AUGUCGGCUACUCCUCUUCUCAUUGACAGCCAUGAUGUGCAUGAUGAGAUGCCUUACCCAGUCUCUAUUUCAAUACACCCAUAUCAAAGCACGAUUUCCCUAAUCGCAACCGAUGGCGCGUUCGGUAUUUGUAAACAGAAGGGAUCCACACUGGCCUUCCUAUUUGGAACCAAUGAAAAUUCGAUCUCAGACGACGCCUUUUUUUCCGAACUGGCGAACCACAUGGAAAUUACCCGCGUGCGUCGAAAUUUCGGCUUCUGGGUAAUUUCCUUUCGAGGCUGCCUUGCUAAGCGCGAUGCAUGGGCGAGAUGCGUACCUCCAUCUGAGCUUCUUUUUCUGAUGACUUCGUUAUCAAUACAAAAGCCGCUCGCGCCGGCUUCACGGCCAGAUUUCCCAAUGACAGGGCGCCACGAUGGGGAUCCAAAACUGUCGUACGAGAGGGUAGGGGAAUAUCAAUUGUGCGACGUGAUCUGCUCGUUUCAGAGUAGUCUCCAUGCACUGUACGCCAGGGCGCUUUCUGCUGUGAGACUUGCAUCGCAUGGAAACGGUUAUAAGAAUGCCGGAAAGUAG